CUGGUAUGCUCCAUAAUAUCUUUGCUGAAGAUGCAUUUAAGUCAGUCUGGUUUUGAUUUGCGGAUAGACAAGUAACUACAGUCAGAGCAAUGCGGUUGUCUAUUGUAUUAGUCGUAUUGUCUAUAUACUUUAGGACCUCGUAUUCAGUAGUUUGCGAGGGGGAAGAAUGCCAGGAACAGUGUGCAGCUUACUGUUUUGGGCUUUUGAAUCCCUGUAUGUCGAACAUGGCGAACCUACAAAGGAGGACGGAAGCCUGUGAGGCAGCUGUUACUAUUGCGAGAAUUGCCCUUAACGAUCGAAGACUGGAUACUUUUGGCUUCCCAUUGACAAUGCAUCCGGAAAAGAAAAAUACUUCUCAGCUAUUAAUAGCACCAACUCCGGAAGCUAGAAAAUUGGAAAGGACUGACAUGUUUCACCAACUGGGUAACAAAUCGUAUUACAUUGAGAAGGAACUAAAGUUGAACUGGCACGAUGCCUUGGAAAAAUGUCAUAAGAUGGGUGGCCAUUUGGCUAGCCCGCAAAAUCAGGAGGAACUUAAUAGCAUUGGCAGUAAGUUUGAUGGUCUGAAUCGCUAUUGGAUCGACGUGACCUCUCAGUUCAAGGAUGAUGAAUACGUGUCUAUAACUAAAGGAUCCAAAGCCAAGUUCCUCAGUUGGGCAGAUGGUGAACCCACCAAGGACGGCAAGUGUGUGGAUAUACGAACAUUCAACGGAAAGACUACCAUGAAUGAUAACAAUUGUACUGCAAGUCUUUACUUCGUUUGCGAAAAAUCUAUCUAAACUAAGAAAAAACAUUUGUGUCUUAUCAAUUUUUUCAAAAUCAAUUUAAAAUUAAAAAAAAUUCAAUUGAAGAGAU